AGGCUGAACUUCUAGAAUGCCCUAUUAUUUAUUGAAUUUUAAACUACCUGUAAAUUUUUACCCUCUAAAAAUUUAGAGAACACUUUCAUCACUGAUUUACAAUUAUUCUCUCAGUAUGCUAAAAAAUAAUUAACUAGUAAGGUAUCUGUUGAGACAUUUUUUGUUUGUUAACAAUAGUACCUAUAUUAACUCCUAGGCUCAGGAAAGCUUAUAUUAGUUCAGAUUUAAAAUGCCACUGAAAACAACAUUAUGAGUAGAUCCACUUCUACAGAGCCUGUCUCUGAUUUUGAUGCAGAUGAAGUUGAUAAACUCCUUGAUGACUUGCAGGACGAUGAUGCAGAUGAUGAUGGGCUGUUGAAGCACAGCCACAAGUCUCUAAAAUCCUCUAAGAAUUUCCCACCUGUCUCGGGCCUCGCCAAGUCUCCUGCAAAGUCCUCUAUCAAGUCACCAAAGUCUCCAGACUUGAUCAAAAGUCCCACCAGUGGUAGAGACACUCCAAAGAAGGUCACAUUCAGUGGUUCUGAAGAUACAAAACCAGAUGAUGGAGAGGUACAAUCAUCAAAUCAAUACAGCCGAAUUGAGCCUCGAUCAACCAGCCCUUCUGCCAGUGUUCGAGAAAGCAAGGAAACAUCCCCUCCUGGAGUCCACUUGUCUCCCAGUUCCUCUGCCUUGAAAAAAGCCAAUGGGGACAAACAAAAUUUGAAUGCCAAGAAUGAAGCCUUGCCAGGAAAGAAUUCUCCUUCCAGCAUCAUGAGUGCACGUGCGAAAAAAUCCAGUGACAUUUUUGGUGGUGAUGACCAUGGUAUUUUUGGAGAUCUUGACAAGAAAUUACAACCACCAAAAAGCAGUUCUGUCUUUGAUGCAUAUUUAUCAGGAAAUAAAGAGAGUCAUGCAUCAUCUUCUGCUAAAAAAUCACAGGAUCUCUUGUUUGAUUCAAAGUUUAAUAAAAACUUGCCCAACAAAACUGAUUCUGCUUACAAUCCGAGCAAGUCGCCUCCAUCAGUUCAGCCUAGAGGGAAAAUUGCUGGCCUGUUGGUCGAUGAUGAUGACGAUUUUUUUGGCACUGGUGGAUUUCUUGGUGGUGGCUAUGGAGUUGGAAACAGUGCAAGUGGCAAGGAUAAGUCCAGUGCUCAAGGCGGUACAAAUGGAGGCCCCGUUAGUAGAUCUGGUAGAAGAGGUAAGCCAGAAACCGCCAAGAAUGCGCGCAAAUCUUUUGAGAUCGAUGACUCGGACAUAGUGGGAACCAGCAGAAAUCGCCGUGCCCAGUCUGCAGAUAACAAGUCCGACAGUCCUAAAGAAUCUGCAGCAUCCACAGCUGUUACCUCGGGUGCAAUGGGUGCCAUGGCUGCUUCUGCUGGGAAAGAUGUCCACGGAGAACCUUCUGAGACUGCAGGAGGAGGAUGGUUGAACUCUCUUCUAAAAAAAUCAUCUUCCCCUAAAAAGUCAACACCUCCAUCAUUGGAAGGCUCUCCCAGUCAAGCAGCGGCUGCAGGGAAGGCAACCUCCUUCCUCCUCAGCUACCCCGACACUGGCAGCCUCGCCCUGGCUGGCCUGACUGCUUCGGGUGAGAUUCAGGCGCAGCUGCAAGAACAGCUGCUACUGCAGCAACAGCAAGCAGCACAGCAGCUGCAGGAGCAACAGAAGCACAUACAAGAACAGUUCGCCAAACAGACCGUGCAGCAGAUCAGCCAACAGAGAGCAAUGAUGGACCUGCUUGCUAAGCAACAGGAAGUUGCUGUGCGCAGGUGCCAGAACGCUUUGCUUGGUAUUUCCAACUUCGGUCUCUUGGGACUACCCGUGGAGGUUUCGGGUGCUGCUGCCCCGGCCAUCGCUGACAACAUUAAUGUCAACAAUAACAGCAAAAAUAACAGCAAUGAUGAUAGCAGCACCAACAAGAAAUUAAAUAUUAAUGAUACUGAAGCGCGUGCAAAGCAAGAAGCCCAAGAAGUUUUACGGAAGGCUCAGGUAGAGGUGGAGAAGUUGAGUGCGGAACUUGAAGUUCUGCGAGCUCACCAUGAACAAGAACUUGAGCUUCUUACCAAAAGUUACGAGACUAAACUCAAGUUCAGCGAUGAGCUUCAUGUCAAGAAGGAAGAAUUGCUGCACAAGCAGCACGAUCAACUUGUUCAGCAUCAUCAGUGCGUGCUGCAGCUGCUGCAGGAGCAGCACGAGCUGCAGCUGCAGGAGGUGCAGAAGAUGAAGGACAUGGAGGUUGCCGCUGUGCAGCGUAAUGCUGCACGCUGCACAGAAGCCAAUGUUGUGUCUCAGCAACUCAGCAGCAAUGCUGCACUGCUCACUGAACUGAGCAGCAACGUGCAGCAGCAGAGUGACGCCGCACAGCAGGUGCUGCAGCAAGCGCUGCAGGCGCAGCAGCAGCAGGUGGCAAGUUUGGAGGCUCAGCUGACGGCGGGCGCACGGGCGGCGGAGGCGGAACAGGAGCGUCUGCGCGCGCUCGUGACGCGCCUGGAGCAGCGGGUGGCGGCGCAGCAGGCGGAGCUGCAGGAGAACACCUGGCGACUGGGCAGAGAGCAGCGCCAACUGGCCCAGGAUAUUGCCAACUGGCAGAAAAAGAAGCUGAGUGAAGAGCAGCGUCUCGCUGCAGCAGCUGCAGGCGAGCAGCAGAAGCUGGACGAGGCUGCAGCGCGACUCAGGCAGCAGCAGGAGCUGCUGCAGCAGAAGGCAACCAGACUGAAAGUCGAGGAGUCUCUGCUGGCCAGCAAGAGAAGACAAGACGCAGCGGUCCCCGGCCUGGACCCCCGCCCGGGACCGCUUGGGGACCGCCUGCUGGGACCGGUGGGGGACCGCCUGCUGGGGGGCGACGAGAGCAGGAAGCUCGCCCAGCGUCGGGAGGAGCUGGCCGCUGAGCGAGCAGACGUGCUGGAGCUGAAGGCGAAGCUCGAGCGGGAACGAAUGGACAUGAUUCUGGCGACAGCUCGCCUGCAGAGCGAGCAGAAAGCUCUGCAGCAGGAACAGGAGAGUCUGACUCUGCAGCGGCAGCAGCUGCAGUCUAAAGCUGCUGCUCUGCAGCAACGGCUGCACCAUCUGCAGGCAGAGACCGAGGCUGCACAUCUCAUCAAGCUGCAGGCCGCCAAAGAGCGAGAUCGAACAGCGGCGGCCAUUCAAAGGCUUCAAGAACUAGCUACCAGAGGGCUGUGUUCGCGAUGUGGCCGUCCAUUGUGGUCCUUCGGUGCUUCAGCGUCGUCUGAUAUCUAUAAAGUUCCAUCCAUCGGUCCUCCUAUUCCGUCCACCAGCCUCCCCGUGACCAUUGGUCCGCCGGUGUCAUCCAUUGAUAUUGCAACGUCGCUCGGCGGCGAGGCCGCGUCGUCCGGGGUGACAGUUUUCGAUGCUGCCUCUGAUGGCUUCAAGAUCAAGAGUGUGGAUUAUCGACCUGAAGCUGUCAUGGCGCGGCUGGAAGCUGCGCGCGCUGAAGAUGCUCUCACGCUGAAGCUCAACAUCGACCCGCUGGUCCAGUGAUGCUCAUACUUUUCACUUUGCUGUCCAAUUUGUCUUAUCAUAGUAAUCGAUGUUAGUCUUCCUAGUCAAGAAAAAUACAAGAAUCGGCGACAGGCCUAUUCUUCAAUGCCGAAGAUACUAUACUAUAAUAGUCCAAUCCUAUGUCAUUUGAUGUGUAUGAGGGCAUUGAAACCCUGCCCUUUACAUGACGACUGGAAAUGGAGGAUCGAUAAAUAAUAAUCAUCAGGGGAAAUUUGAUCGCAGAUUAGGAACCAAUGUUCUAUACUCAGAGUAGAGCUCAAAUUGAUGAAAUGUUAACGCAGUGUUGAUGAUUUAUACAGAUUCAAUAUCGAGGUUCAUUACAACAUACGUGACUGUUCGCUGGAAGAACAGGUAUGUACUGUUUCUGCACUGUUGAUUGCAGCAGCAUAAAGAAACAAUCCCGCUCCUCCAAAAGGCAGGUAAUCUUGGGACGUGACUAGCAGGUGAUGUUCCUCCAGUCGCUCAUGGUGUGGGAACGAUACCAUGGGUAUGUGCUCAUGAAUCGUUAUAUCUUGUUUUAUUGCAAUUCAUUUUCAGUGUAAGGUAUUUAUACUAGAUUAACUUAGAUAUAAUUGAAGUUUCUUUAGAAACGUUGAAGUUGAGGAAGAACUUUUGACGGGUGUCUACGCUCAAAUAAUUGCUCACUGCCACGCCAGUCUUCAUUGAGGGACCAAAGAUGACCAAAGAUUAGCUUAGUAUUUAACUAUAAUUAAGUAUAACGUACUCAAAUGAACCAAACGAUGCAAUGUCAUUAAACUUGGUGAAUUUC